AUGAGCACGGAAUCUGAAUUGGAGGCCAAAUACGAUGCCGCCGUCAAGCGCUAUGAAACCGCUAAACAAGCCGAGACAGCUGCUAAGAAGGAAAGGGAUGAGAAAGAGGCUUGUGUACGGAAAACACAGAAGGGCACCAAACAAUAUUUUCUCGCUUGGGCAGAAAAACACAGGGCAGAAAUCGUUUUUACUGAAAAGGUUGAACAAAGAUGUGAUGCUGAGUAUAAGAGAGAUUUGUGCUAUGCAGAUUGGAUGAAAUACAGGCACGGAGCUGACUCCAAGGAAGCACAAAUAGCCCAGCAUCGCGCAGAGUUGGCUCGCACAAUGGAGUUUGUUUACAGUGGAAGCUCUCCAUAUUGGAUAAAAUGGGACAAGUUGUGUAGCAAAGUUUGGUGGGUGUAUUAUCUGCUCAAGGCGGAAGGUUAUGACAACGUCGCAGAUGAGCUCAGAAGCGCAAGAAAAGUGUUUUGUAAUCGUAUAAAAGAAGAAUCCAAUGGUAAAACCUUUCGCAAUGCUCGGAAUGCAGCCUUAGUAGCGUUGAAGAAAUGGGAGAAAGAAGAUGCUCGUGUUGCCUGGGAUGAGGCCAAACCAAAGUACGACACUGCGUUAGCCAAGUGGAAUGAGUUCAAACCAAAAGGAGAAAAAUUCGCGGAAGAGUUGGAGAAUGAAAAAUAUGAACUUGUGAAAAACUCUUUGACAGUGUACGCUAUUGUAAGUAAGUGUAAGAGUAGUGCGUUGAAGAAUGACCUCGAUCGGAAAAGUCAAACGAUUGAUGAUUUAAAUGAUCAACUGGACCAGAAGGAUGAUCAGAUCGCUGCGUUGAACAAUAAACUACACCAAAAGAGUCAAGAACAUAAAGAAAAUCGCACAUGGAUAGGAUCGUUGAUCCACACGAAUCAAACAUUGGCCAAUUCGCUAUGUAAACAGGUUGAAAGACCCGAUACUUUCCAACCUCUUACACUGGUGGAAGAGUCUCAAAAUUGGUUGGAAGGGAAGACGUCCUCGCAUGCAAAUUUGGCAAAUUGGAUCCAGAAAAAAAUUGCCAAAAUGGCAGCGUUGUAA